CAACCUUAAGCCCGUGCAGAUUUAUGGCCGGAGAGCUAUAGUACGGAAAAUUCGAUUGGUCCAAUUGUGUGCUGUGCAAAGCAAACAUAGUUGCCAGGAAAUUGUUCUGUGUAAACCCGUGCGGCGCGGCUUCAUUUUUGCUUGUGUUUGUGAUUGAGAGAGUGCAAAGCGUGUUUGUGUGUGUGUGCCGGGCACGAAAAUGGCAAGUGCAUAAUUAUGCUAACGGAUUAUGCACUGACGCCGUCGAAUGUGUUUGUGAAAAAGCAGGAAGAACCGAAUAAGUGUACAGCAGCUAAGAAGCAGCAGUCCCUCCGAUCGCCCCUGGCGCAUCUAGGAAUCGAAGAGAGCUGCAUCCGUUUCAUAACCGACAAAUCGAUCAGAGCGAAGGGCUGGUCCUACUCCCACCCAUCGGGCAUAACAGCGAAAAUUGUGUGGUGGGGAGAGAAGCCCGAAACAGCAGGCAGCGGCGUCGGCAUCAUCAGCUGUGACGCCCACAUCCGUGGCAGAGGCAGGAACGGCGACAAAAAGCUCUGCGCAGGCAAACACAGAAAUCAGAAGCAAAGGUCAAGUCAGCAUCCCCAACAGCAGCAUACCAAUACUCAUACAUUCACCACCUAUAAAUUACGGUACAGCGUACGGAGCAAGAGCCUUGCAUUAUUUUUAGACCAUCUGCGCGAGUGUCCCUCUAUUCAAAUUGUCGCUGCCGUCAGUGACGUCAGCGACCACGCCUACGAUCAUCCUCUCGGCAGAGGUACAGCAGCAGCAGCAGCGGAAUCUACAGCAGCAGGAGGAGCACCACUUGGCCAGACACGUCUGCUCGUGCCGGCGUCACUGUUGCGUAAAUACGCCGCCAACUACGUCAACGGUUGCAAUUUCGAGCAUAAAACCAAAAUUUAUGCUUUAUAUCGUCACCUCGAGAUCGGUGCCCCGUUCGAACAAGUGCAACAGCAACAGCAGCUGAGAGUCGGUGGGAGUCAAUUGCGUUUCAAGAUGCUGUUUGCCGAGGCGGCGCCACCCAGCGCUGCACCCAGCGUCAUUUCUGCUGUUGCUGCUGCUGCUGCUGAGCCGCCGCCAGCGCCGACACAGGAUCAGCCGGGAGAGCUUAUUGCAGGCACCACCAACAACCUUGAGCUAAUGGAGGCCAUGAAGAAGCUGGACGCGGGACUGGUGGCUCUCUUUGCCACCGCCGCCGCUGAGCCCUUGGAGCAACUGAAGAAGCAGCAGGCCCUGUGGCCGGAGCCGGAACUCCAGCUGCAGCAGUCCACUGCUGAGACGGAGCUGGUCAUCACGCCGGAGAUCUUCCAGCGGUGCAAUGCGCUGCAGCUGCACCUGGAGGCGGUGACUCUGCAGCCGGAGGGCACCCAUCGCAUGGAGUUGCUGCAGAGCGAAGUGCGUCCCAUUUUCACCGUGGAGUGCCAGUUGUCGGAGAAUCUGAUCAAGUCGGUGGCCCGCUACCCCAUGUUCCACGUCAUGCAGUUCGAGUCGGAGAAGUUCCAGAGCCUGACGCAGUGCACCCGUUUCGGUCAGACGCAGACGCGCGAGGUGCAGCUCGCCUGGAAGGACAAUGAGGACAUGGGCUAUGUGGAUCUGACCAUUUGGUGGCGUGAGCCGGGCACCUGUCUCAACGAAAUGCUGGGCAUGGGCCGGCUGCAUCUCAGGGAGCUGUACGAGGCCUCGCUGCUGGAGCAGUGCAAGUGCGUGGCCGUAAAGCGGCGCGACGUCCACCUGGGCAGCAUCUAUGUGAAGAUCAGCCUGCGCUUUGACGAGCAGCUGGCGGCCAGGAGUCUGGCCAACAAAAAUAUCUCGAAUACGGCUGGCCAGAAGCCGAACCAAAACCCAAAACAGAUUCCCAAUCUGAAUCAGAACCAGAACGAAAGUGGCACCAACAGUGGCAGCACCAAUCAAGCAGCAACCGCCCCAGUUAACUACAAUUCAAAGGAAGCCCCGACCCCGCCUCAACCACCGCCACCGCCGCCGCCUCCUCCUCAAGCAAACAACAACACGAAAGCCUCACUGGCCAGCGUGAAUUUCAUGGCAGAGACAACCAAGGUCCGGCUGCUGCGUGGCUACAUCUACGCGGGAGAGCUACAGCAAUUAUCCCCAACAGACUUGAUCGCCUGCCAGGAGCUCUCGCUGCAGCCGUUCUGGCAGCCACAGCCUCUGGUGGCAAAGCUCAACGAUGUGGGAUCGUUCCAGCUGCAGGAGCAGUUCGCCGUCAUCAACGAUGAGAAGUUUCUGCUGAGCGUUGAUCGUCAGCAGCUGGUGUUGGAGCUGCGUCCACUGGGAGGACUGGUGAGGCUGCCGCUACAUCAGUUCUACAUUGCCUACAGGGAUGCCAGCAUAACCAAUCAUCUGUGCAAGGGAAAGCUACCCGUCAUCUCCAUCGAUGGCUGGGCUCCCAUUGUGCAUCCGCAGACGCAGGCGAAGCUGGGCGAGCUCAAGGUGCUUCUUGCCAUCGGCAGCGAGUCUCAGAUUGCCCAAUUGAAGCAGCAGCGUGGCUUUGACCAGGACAACAAUCAAGUGCCCACGACCAGUCGCACCACAGAUUUGCUGGACAUGCUUCAGAAUGCACUGACUGCGCCUCCACCACCCGCGAAAGCUACUGACUUUGGGUCAGGCCCGAAUACUCCUCGCGCAGCUCCCUCUGCAGCCAGCAAAUUUAGUUUCGACUUGCAUAUUGUGGGAGCAGCUGGAUUGCCUCUGAAUCCGGGCUAUGGCAAAUCGGGCAAGAAGCAGGCCAAGCGCCAGGCGGCGGCCAAGCAACGAUUCCCACCCAACGAAUCGCCCAACACCUAUGUGACCUUCCAGGCCCUGAACAGCAACAGUCCAACCUACAAGUCGCACGAGGGUCUGGUCUAUGCCACGCCUGUUGUGGAGAAGUCCACCACACCGCAGUGGCGGACCAAGUUCCGAGUGGAAGUGGGCACGGAUUACCUUAGCAAUCCCCAGAAGCUCUUCAUUCUGAAGCUGUGGAAGAAGGCGGCCAGCAAUGAAAGCGGCAGCACCGAACCCACUCCGUUGGAGGAUGCCAUCAUAGGGUUUGCUGCCUUGAAUCUCAGUCACAAGAAGCCAGGAGGCGAGCCAUCCUUUCCCAGUGGCUGGCACAAUAUUGUGGAUUUUAAUGGGCGCGUAACUGGGGGCCUCGAGGCACAUGUGGAGCCACCGCCACCACCCGGAGGCACCAGUAUGGAUACCGUGAUAGAUCAGUUCGAGCAGUCCAUGGAGUUAACCCACCUCCAUCUGGGGCAGGCCAUUAAGCGAAAGUACACGGAGCUAGAGCAAAUCUCUCAAAGAUUGCGCACUCGUCUGGUGGACGUCACGGAGCAGGCUCUGACCUCUCCGGAGUACGAUGUGGAUGCUGCACUGGAUAACUGGAAGAUGACAGAGACGGAUGGCUAUGAUGACGAACUGGUGGCCGACUUUGAGCGGGCCCUGCGUACACCCACGCCCCCCAAUUCGCCACCGCCCACCGCACAAAGUCCAUGUAAUAAAAGUGGCCGGGAAUAGCCCAGGCCUGGGCCCACAAUUAGUCAGGCAAUUCUUUUCCCCUCUCUGCAUCUCGAUGUUGUCGUUGAUAAAGGCUCAACGUUAGCUCUAGUUAACCACCUAGUUAUACACUAUAUAAUACAUGGAUCUUGAUAGCACACCCCACACACUUACUGUUGUACUUAAAUUGGCAUCCCAGUUUGCCUCGAUUCAACUUUUUAUGGCUGUCUAAAUAGCAUAAAAUCAAACCAACCAUCGACGGUCGCUCACCCAGCGAUCGUUCCAUUGAAUUACAAAUUAUUGAUUGAAUAUUGUUUGGGGAAAAUCGAUCCCCAAGCCACACACAUGCAUUAUUAUGUAUUAGUUCUGAAACUGUGUUAAUCACCUAAGUAUUUAGAAAUUAUUACUUAAUGAAAAUUUAAAUAAAAAUGCUAAAGCAAAAGUGCACACAAA